AUGUUGGCUAAGCAAUUCACGGAUGAGGAGAUCCUUGAAGCCUUCAAUCAAAUGAAUCCUCGUAAAGCCCCUGGGAUUGAUGGCCUUUUGGAUGGCAACAAGGGCAACUUUUGUCUUAAUGAUACGAUUAUCGUCCUUAUCCCUAAGAUUAAGGAUCCUAUUUACAUGACUAACUUUCGUCCUAUUAGCUUGUGCAAGGUGAUUUGCAAAAUUAUUUCUAAGGCAUUAGCAAAUCGUCUAAAGGCUGCCCUUCCACUUUGCAUUAUUCAAAACCAAAGUGCUUUUGUUCUAGGUCGUAUGAUUCAUGACAACAUUCUUAUUGCCCAUGAGCUGAUGCACUAUUUACAAAGCGCGAAGAAUGGUCCAAAUAAAGACUUUGUCAUUAAGCUUGAUAUGAGCAAGGCUUAUGAUCGUGUUCAGUGGAAUUUUCUCGAGAAAUUCAUGAAGAACUUGGGCUUUGAAGAUGCUUGGGUCGAUAAAAUUAUGCGUUGUGUUUGGUCGGUGAAAUAUGUGGUUAAAUGUAAUACGAUUCUAUCGGAGGUUAUUGCUCCCGAGCGAGAGGAGAUGCAAUCUAAAAUCUAUCGGGUGUGGUGGACAUGCAAAGACAAAGGAAGAGGGUGGGCAAUGCUUGCAUGGGACAAAGUUUGCUUCCCCAAGGGCAUGGGAGGGCUUGGCUUUAGAGACCUUCGGCUUUUUAACCUCGCUCUCACCAUCAAAGACACGUUGUGCUAUCACGUGCUCAGCUCGAAAUAUUUCCCUGGUGGUGGCCUCAUCCACCCCAAAAAAGUUGACAAACCGUUUUACACACGGACUAGUAUUGCUACUGCUGCUAAGGCCCUCGAAAAUGGCUUCGGUUGGCAAGUUGGUGAUAGGAACAAUAUUGAUAUUUGCAAAGAAAAUUGGGGCUUUGAAGGUUUAAACGGUGACUCACUAUGCUGCACUAUUCUGAAUUUUCAUAAAAGAAAAGUGCACGAUUUAUGGGUUAAUAAUCGUACGAGCUGGAAUAAAAAUAGGGUGCAUGAAAUUUAUGGCUGCAUUAUGAGGGAUCGUAUUUGUAAUUUACCUAUUCUAUCCAAUGGCCCGAACGACAGCAUGGUUUGGUCCAUAACCCUCAUGGCUUCUACAUCUCUAAGUCAGCCUAUUCGUGGCUUCUUCUUAAGCAGGCAGGUUUUUGCUUGGCAUAUGGGACAUGAGCUUCUCCCUACGAAUGCAAAGAUCUCCUCUAUUCGACAGAACUUUAGGAGGGAUUGCCCUAGGUGUGGUGCAAGUGUUGAAACCCUUAUCCACGCCCUUAAAGAUUGUCCAAUUGCUCGAGCCAUUAUUACCCUCGGUGGACUUGAUGGUAGGCUUCUCAACAAAGACUACUCAUGCUGCAUUGACUGGAUCGAAGAUGCUAUGCGUUUAUUGGAUAAGAAAGCUAUUGUAGAUUUUAUAACAACGUUGUGGAAUAGUUGGAACAACCGAAACAAUUAUGUUUUUUGUGGUAAGAAGGAAGAAGCACAGUGGGAUAGUGAAGAUGAACUUUAUGCUAUUGUUUCCAAAGAUAAAAAUAGGUUUGGUGUGAUUGUACGUAACUCCGAUCCCUUCGUUAUUGGUGGGGGCUAUGGUUUCAAAGAUGAGAAGAUGAUGGCAAAUUGGGCAGAGCUUUAUGCAGUCGAAGAAAGCCUUAAGAUUGCGCGCUCCCUUAACAUUGCAAAUGCCAUCUUCGAAACUGAUUGUACUAGCCUCACGAACAGGAUUAAGAAACGAAUGGAGGAUAUUACAAUCAUUGGUCAUUGUAUUAAUGAGUCUUUUAAAACCACGGAGAUGUUAAAUAAUGUUGUUGUUAAUUGGGUCAACCGAAGUUCUAAUAAGGUUGCGAACUUCAUGUGA